AUGCUUUUUCGGGGGGUCUUGUACGUCUCUUACGGUAUCCACCUUGCUCUCCACGCUCUUCUGUUGCUGCUCCUCGUGGCCCAGCUCCUUCUUGUCUUCCACUUUGGAUACAUCGAGAAUCCUGUAUUUCGGAUCGUCGAGCCCCACCCACAAAUGCAAGCCGCGUUGGUCAGCUACGGGGUCGUGGGGUCGUUAGUCGUUGUCAUAUUCACCGUUGGAAGGCUCAUCCACGAGGCGCGGAGCAUUUUGGUCCCUGUGUGUCGGGUACUGUAUCUUCUAUUAUACGUGGCCGUGGUCCCGCUUGUGUUGUUGCGCCGCUUCCACUUCCUUAAGAAGCGCAUAAGGUAA